AGUAUCAACUCAAUACUUUGAUUAUAUAUAUAUAUAAUAAAAAUAAUAAAUAAAAUAAAAACAACUUUUGUGUGACAACUAAAAUUAAGAGGUAACCAUUUAAGAAGAAACUUGGCUAUAAAAGAAGCUACAAAUAGGUAAUUAAUACACACACAUUUGGAUGGCUCCCCUUUCAAAUCUCCAACAAUUAGGAUCCCAAAUCAUCUAUAAAUACCAAUUUAAUUUCACUUCUUCUUCAAACAUCAACAAUAAUAUUUCCAUAAUACAAUCCUCCUUAUCAUUAUCAUUAUUUUUUGAGUUUUCAUUUAAUUUAUCUAUAACAAGAUAUGGACAAUUCUCAGAACCUAAGCUACCAAGCCGGCCAGGCUAAGGGCCAAGCACAGGAAAAGGGCAGCCAGAUGAUGGACAGGGCAGCCGACGCGGCCCAGUCGGCGAAGGAGUCGAUGCAGCAGGCCGGGCAGCAGAUGCAGGCCAAGGCACAGGGCGCUGUCGACGCCGUCAAGGACUCCACCGGCGCCAACAAAUGAACCAUUUCUUCAUCGACUCGACGGGCUCGUCUUAAUUAGUUAAUUAAUUAAUUAUUAGUAUUAUUAUUAUUAUUUGGUUAGAUAAAUUAAUUAAUGUAGGAUGGGAUGGGAUGGGAUGCAGCUUCAUUCAGUAUGUUUGUG